UCGAUUGUUAGAUUCGUUUUGUUCUGUAUGCUGAGUGAAUAAAGUUAAAUUAAGCUUUUCGUUACUAAGCAACACAUUGGAGGAAUGGGAAAUUGGAAUUUUAAACGGAUUACAAGUGCGAGAACAUAAACAAGUUGAAACAAUUGAGGUUGUGAUACAGUCUACACGUUAUAAUACAUAUGCAUUCGUAAAUAUCGUAACAUUGAUGUGGAUCAGAUGUGGACAUCGUGUGUGGAUUGAAUAAGGAGAAUAAGACAUGAACAGCAAAGAGAUUUGUAAAUUAGCUCCGAUCGAAAAAUGCUGCCAAAUUACCGAAACGACUCUACUCCUUCUCGAUGACAUGGCCCUAUUCGCAAUUAUGAAAUAUCUAAACAUUAUCGCUCUAUCACAUCUAUUCGCAACAUGUAAACGUCUGAAAAUCCUCGUCUGUGCGCACGUUCAGAAACAUCACACGAACGUGCAUUGGAUGCGCUAUAUGAAGUCGGAGGUUAACUCGAUCGGACCCAGGGAAUCGGAAGAAGUAUUUAGAAAUUUCGGCAAAUACAUCAGGACAAUCAGAUUGACUUCGUGGUCCAGCUUUGAAUUUUAUGAAAUUUUACUGUUAGUGGCACAGGAAUGCACUCACAUUGAUACGCUUAUUUUGGAAUCGGUACGAAUGAGCCGACCGCAAUUGUUAUGCGAUCCGUUGAUCAAGCUAAUGUUUAAAAAGUUGAAGCGUUUUGUGUUAAGCGGAUGCUAUUGGCAGGGCUGGUGUCCGCUGAAUAAUUUUUUCGGUGACAACGAAACAUUGGAAGAUCUUGCUGUGACAAAUUGUUGUGCAUAUAAUGGACGCAAUUAUCGGUUACAUAUGUCUGGAUUUCGAUCGUUAAAAAAAUUGCGACUGUUGCGUUGUCGAAAUGUUGUGACGGGAAAGGAGCUAGUGGCCUGCUUCGAGAACAAUAACAUCAAAUCCGUUAUGCUGAGCGACAUUGGCAAUGUGCACGUUUUUCUGGAUAAUGUAAUCGAGUGCCUCUCCGACACCGUCGACGAUCUUUCCGUAGAUUUUUGCAACGAAAUUAAUUCUAAUCAACUGUCACGCCUGAAGAAACUGCGAACACUUCGACUCCAUUGCAACACACAUACCGAUAUGGACGAAUUCCUGUCCAACGUCAGUACCGGCAGCGCAAUAGAAGAGCUUUUUAUUGUAAGAGUGUGCAUCUCGAGCCAGACAAUAGAGGCUUUGAAACAGUUCAAGAAUCUGAAAAGAUUAAAAAUGGACCGCAGUUUGAAUUCAGUGCCACGCCAGUUCUUCAGGGCUAUACCAAAAAUUCUACCUCAACUUCAACACUUCGUUUAUACCAACAGUACCAUUAGGGACGAAGACAUUUUGUACAUGUUUAACUUGAUGCCGCAAUUAGCACGACUGUGUUUAUUCGGAUGCAAUUCGCUGGCGACUGAGACUUAUUUGGAAAUGGCUGACAUUCUAGAGAACGAUUGGCAUCGACCGAAAGUUGAGUUCAUACUACCAAAAUUUGAAACCGUAAAAUCCUUGCAAGACGUUAAAAAUAUAAAGAAAAAACUGUGGCUACGAACCGACAUAGCAGUGAUAUGCCCAAGGAGUCUGUGACUCGGGCUGUUUAGU